AUGGCUCAAGUCAACUACGCCAAACCCGCUCCUUUGACCACGCCGAGCAACUCGGUCAUCUCGGUCAACAUCACCGAGGCUGUGGCCAACUCAGUCAUGCUCGAUCUCUACAAGGGAAAUCGUCAGCUCAUUACGCUGACUGAUGCCCAUAAGCACACUGGGCAUUUACUUCUCAAGAUCAUCGACACACGUCGCAGUCGCAUGGCUGCACACGUUCUCGCAUCCUUCCCUCUCUUGAGGAGAACUCCCUCCACUCCGAUGCCCUCCCAGCUCGUUCAGCACAUCUGCGCGGCCUCCGUCGAGGUCGGAGUGCGCUCGCCCCGCAGGAGAUCUAAGAGGCUCAUUGCAAAGGGUAUUACGAAGUACCCAGCAUAA